AAUAAUAAAUAAAUUUUAACAUAAAAAUCAAAUAUUACAUGGUGUUAUCCCAUUGUCUAUUCUAUGGAUUAUUUCUUAUUUAUGUUUUUAUAAUUUUUUUUAGAUAUUUGACAGUGGAAUAUAAAUUAUCUAAACUAAAUGAACGGAAGUGGUUGUGUCUGAAAAUAAAUGUUUAGAUCAAACAUAUAGCAAUGGCUUUGAGCGGUUUUGUUGAAUUUUUCCAAAAGGGAAAGGUGGGUCACAAUGAUACGUUCCGCCCCAAGAAGCGGUUCGAGCCGGGCACGCUGCGCUACUCCCUGCACAAGCAGGCGCAGGCCUCGCUCAACUCCGGCAUCAACCUGCGCUCCGUCGUCAGGCUGCCGCCCGGCGAGGAGCUCAACGACUGGAUCGCCGUUCACGUUGUGGAUUUUUUCAACCGCAUCAACCUGAUCUACGGCACUGUGUCCGAGUUUUGCACGAAUGAGAGUUGUCCGACGAUGUCUGGAGGGCCAAAGUUUGAGUAUUUGUGGGCGGACGGGGUGAAGUACAAGAAGCCAGCGGCACUGCCUGCUCCGCAGUAUGUAUCGCUACUCAUGGACUGGGUGGAGUCUCAGAUCAACAACGAGUCUCUCUUCCCUGUGUCGACAGAUGUGCCUUUUCCAAAGACUUUCAUUCCUUUGUGUCGGAAGAUACUCACCAGAUUGUUCAGAGUGUUUGUACAUGUCUACAUUCAUCAUUUCGACAGGAUAAUGACAAUUGGUGCGGAGCCUCACGUGAACACGUGCUACAAGCACUUCUACUACUUUGUGCAAGAGUUUGAGCUGGUGAGUAGCAAGGAGCUGGAGCCACUGAAGGAGAUGAGCGCUCACGUGUGCCACGAGCCUGACGGCCCGCCCUCCACGUCGCGGUGAUCUGCCGUCACUGCUUGUCACUACUGCCGUCACUGUGUCCAGGGCCCAAGUCACACAUAUUGAGCAGUAACGUGAAAUGAAAAUGCAUACUCGCGCUAAUUUCGUUAUAAAUUUGUGCACACAAGCCUGGCUAAAGAUGCUUGUAAAACUUGAGAUGCAAAACUCUUUUGUCACUGACUAAAUCAUAAUAUGAUCAUGUAGUUUCGUGGCAUAUAGUGCUAAAAGGAAAACACUGUAUGUAGGUAUUGUGUGUACAUCUAUUACAUUGCAUCAUUAGACAGAGCCGGUUGGUGUCACUACACAGUGAACAGAUACAGUGAAACCUCAUUACUAAUUACUCCACCUUACAAGCAUUUUUCACUUUAUUUAUUAUUUCAGUAUAAAGUACUUUCAUUAUUCAUAAAUAAGAACCAAUCCUGUAGGUUUUAAGGUACAUCAUAAUGAGAUUUCAAUGUACUCCAUGUACUCCGUACUCAAACAAGUUAGGUGAUUGGAUAUUUUACAGUGCCUAACUUUUUAUGUACAUUGGCAUACACGUGUGGCCACUGAUAUUUCCCCACCAUAUGUAGUCCACCACCGUGUGCUUUAUUACAUAUUAUCUCAUCUUAGCAGGUACAUUAAAUUAGCAGUAGCAGCAGGGUGUCUACAAAUAUUUGGUGAACCGUUUUCUGGACUUUUUCAGGAUCAUUAAAUAUAAUUGUUUUAUAACUCUUUUAUAUCACAAGAUCAUUUUUAUGUUAUAAAUUUAAAUGGAUAAUUUUCACAUGGAUAAGUGAGCGAUUUAUAUUUAAUGUGACACUACAAACUGAAGUGAGAUGCCAAAAAAAAAAAAAAAAAAAUUGGUUGUUUGUAAAGUCGGUUUACGGAUGAUAGUUUAACGUGACAACAUCAUAACAAAACAUUGAUGAAAUGAUUGCAUACUUUUAUGAAUAAAAUUGAAUCAUUUUUAUUUUAAUAAUAAAAGAAUAAAUACUUGAAAUUAUACUAGUAAUCAGAUUUUUAAAAUGCAAGAAUAAUUAACCUUUAUUGCCGAAAUUGUUGUUGUAAUAAGCAAUGAAAACCACAUUAACUUUUCACUUCGCUUUAUAAACAGUCAACGAAACAGUUCACGUGUAGAUGACUUGUAAUUAAUUUUAAAAACUGGCGUUUAGCUAUAAAGUUUAAAUAUAAUUAUGAACAAGUUUUCAUAUAAAUAAACUGUAAUCAAAUAUCUAUUAUCAAUGAUAUGAAUCACCAUAAUUUUUUAGUCAAUUGUAACAUAACCUAUAAUUACUGCACUUGCCGACAGUGUAACGGAACACAGCGUAACAGAACAAUGAGUGUAACGGGACACAGCGUAACGGAACACUUUGCGCAACGAGACACUCUCGUGCGUGCAGCUGGUGUUCAUCGAUUUAUCAGACGUCACGUCAAAAUUGGAAAUUAGCAAAACACAAUUGGAAAUGAAAGUUUCGUGACUUUCAACACCACAACUGGGAAUUUCAGAACUUUCAUGACAUGUAGACACCCUGCAUAGUUAAAUUAAAAGUCUGAAUACAUGCCUUGCACACCGUUGCAUUUUUUCGUCAAAUCUAAAGCAGGUAUGCCACAGUAGAAGGUUUUUUUCAGCCUUUGCUAAAAGCUGCCUGAGGCUAUGUGUGGACAUGAUUGUGGACGUUUACAUGGAAAACAAUACCCGAAAAUUCACUCACACCUUCUGCAAUAUUUAUUUGCAAAAUACUAUAUCUCUUUUCUACUGCAGUUAUACUGUGAAAUAAGUAACUAGCAAUUGAUUGAAUUAUCUCUUUUGCUAAUUUUUUCAAAGAUUUAUUUAUUUUACUCUAGUGGUGUACCCCUAAAGUCUAAAAAUCAACAAUACCAGAUAUUCCCCCUCCCCAUGUUCCCAUAAUUUAUGUUAAUAUCAAAUUUCUGAAGUGUAUCUUAAGUUUAAUUACGCUCUGUAAUUUUUUUUAGCCAGCCUCUAAUACAUUGCAUGUUCACAGCUGUCGAAGGAGAGCCAAGAUGUAAUAUGUUUAGAACCAGGUUUCAGCUGACAGGCUUAAGCUUCAGGUAGAUUUGGGAAGAGGAUUGUUUAUAGCCUCAAGGCUUUGAGUGAUUCUUUGAACAUUAAGUCUCGCAAUCCUCAUGGCAAGUUUUAUUGGACAUUGUAAUCAAUAAGUGUAACUGUAUUACUUGUCUAGGAAAUGUAUUUUAACUAAACAAAUCACUUAUUUAUUGUAUUCUUCGUGCAGUACAAACUUGGGAUGUGUAGAACUCAUUGAAUUUAGAUUGGAAAUGUUUGUGUAAGUGCUGGCAUGCAAAUAAUUGUUUUAGAAUUUAUAUGCCAAAAACUUUAUUGUAAUAUUACCAAAUGAAUUGCUGUGAUUAUGAUUUUACUAGAUUUAAAACACAUUAUGUACCCUGCAUGUGUGUAGGGUUCUAAUACUCUUAUAUUAUAAUAGUGAGCUAUUAUUUAAAGAAAGGUGUCACCAUUCAUGUUGGAGCUUAGAUUGAUCUUGUUAGUUUUAUAACAAAUUUUGGCAUUGUCUUUGCUCUAUAAUAUUUCAGCAUUUUUAAUAUUGGAAUUGUGAUUCUCACAUGCAGAGUGGGACACAUAUACUGCUGAUCUACCUCAUUAAUCUAUUUCCAAUCUAGCCAGGGAAGAAUACGGUAGUUUUCCGACAGGAGAGACAAGGUAAUCUUUUCAGUAAUGAAAUUGAAAAAGAAAUUUGCAUCUUUGUAUGUGACGACCAUUUGGUAUUAUGCUUGUUUACCCAUAAGCAAGAUACAAAUAUUUAUAUAACGUUUUAUGAAGAAAUACGACCUAGAGAUGUCCAGUGUGUAUAUGAAUGCAGUGUGUGUCCUCUGGCAUAAUCUUAGAAUGUGUUUAAGCAAAUUCAGGCUUAUAACCUACAAAAAUAUGCUUUAUUAUAUUAUGGUACCCCUUCCCAGGCAGGCACACAGAUGGUGGCAGUGAGGCUGUCUGCAUAAGCAUAGCAGUGCAAAGCAAUGGAAAAAAUACUUGCAGAGUUGUGCACAUUCAUCAUUGUUUUAAAUAUACCAUCGCGUAAACAUGACCCAGGUACUCUGUUGCACUCUCUUUGUUUUUUAUUUUUCUGAAAGAGAGAGAGAGAGAGAAGAGCAAAGACCUCUAAUCACUGUUGUAGGCAGAUAUAAUUCUAAUAUUCCUACCGCUGACUCGUGUAAUGGUAGGCCAAAUAAUUUCCCUCACUUGAAAUAAAAACCUGGCUACACCCUUGGCCGAUGCUAUUAGGGACAGUUUAAAACAGAGCUUAACAGCUAUGACAGUUGGAUAGACGGUGAAAAUGUUUUUUUUUUUUGUUUUUUUUUUUUGCGAGUUCUGCUCAGUUUCACAUCCCUUUUUAAGUGUAAUCACACCCAGAUAAGAAUUAACUUGACAAGAGGAAAGAGAAUGAAUGAUCCAUAUUUAUAAUGUGCCAAUGAGCAGUUUUCAUAAACACUUAAUGGGGAAGAUCAGUUUAAACUACCUUUAUUUUGAAUGCUACAUAGAAGAAAAUGAAUUACAUCUUAACUUAAGAUGGAAGGAUAGAUACAGCAAUAAAUCUGCUGGUUGUGGUUGUUAUAAUUGUGGAUAGAAAAGAAAGGACUGCAAAAAGGCUCUAUUUACCUUCCAAAAAUAGAGAUUCCCACCAAUCAACUUGUGUACCACACCUUUUUGCUUUUUUUGAACUUAACGUAGCAGCAACAUCAGGUCACAUUUUUCGGCCCUUCUUACUUGCUGGAGAAUACUAUAUUCCUACUCCUGGGUAGGGGAUCUUGUUUUGUUCAGUGCUUUCCCAUCUGAACGUUAGUAAUCCAAAAAUGCACAUAGUAGUUAAGGAGUUUAAACAAUUAUUUUUUCAGUCAAAGUAAGUUAGCGAUUACAACUCUGACAUGACUGGUGAUACCUGCCCUUGUUGGCUAUUAGUUGUGGGAAGCUACAAUAGAAGAUUUAUGUAAUUCAUCUGAAAGAAUAUCAAGGGUAUUAGGUGAAUAUGUGUGAUCUGUCUUUUGAAAAUGCAUAGAAGUUAACUCUAUGAUACUCUUGUAAAUAUUAAUGUUCAUAACAUAAUUUAUACUUUAUACCUGAUGCUAGCAAUGCCUAAAUUAUGUAUGUAUAUCCAUGCAUGCAUAGGAAGUAUUGUUUAACAUUAGAGUUGGGCCGAUAGUUGUACUACCUUACAUUACAUAGUGCAAUGCAAUCAAAAGUGAAAUUUAGUUAUACAGCUAAAUAAAUACUCACAUUUUAACAAUACUGAUUUACACAAGUAAUUAAAAUAAUACCUACAUGAAAGACAAAUGUUUUCUUGCGAAGAUGGCCCGUGGCAAGGUGCACAACAAUAAGUUAGAACCCAGUUGUGUUGACCUCCGCCCAAAUACUCCCUUAACUAGGUGUGGUGUCAGGCAUGUGUAUUAUUCUACAAACAUGAAACUAAAAUAAUUCUUACCACUUAUCUAACCAAAAUAAUGUUAUUUUUGACUGAUACAUGAUGCAUAAGUACAAUGAAAAUCAUUAGAAAUAAGCAUGUUUAGAACAUAAUUACUGAGAAAAAUAAAUCUAAAGUUUUGUGUUUGAAAAUGUGCCAAAGUCAUGAAUGUAAAAACAUUUUUACCAUAAAGAGAUGCAAGAUCAAACAAUGUAAUUUUAAUUUUUGUUAUACAUUUCAUACAUUAUGGUUCAAUAGUAAUGUUUAAUAAUUAAUAAAAUACAUUCUACGUAAUUUGCAUUAAGAUUUGUCAUAUUGUUGAUUUAUUUAUUGUCUUUAGUUACAUUUUGGUGCUAAAUGGUGUAUUAACAUGCAUUUUGAUGUUAUAUGUUGUAUUCAAAUGUUUUGUGUUGUUAUUCCGGUUUUAUCUCAAUUCACAAUAUAAUCUUGUUCCCAUUCAUUACUAUUGGCCCAGCUCUGUGUGAUGUGUUUCAUACUAGGUUCUAGUCAUUUUAAUCUGUAUUUUCCAAGUAUCGUGUGAUCAUAUUGUCACCUAGGAAAAGCUGCAGAGUUGUGAAUGCAGAAGACUGGGAUGUACAUUUUAAGAUUGCAAAAUGUAGGAGUAACAAAAAAAUCUUUGAUCUGUUUUUUGUCAUGAAAACUUAGCCAUGUAAACAUUUCAUAAAAUUUGAUAGAUUUUCCAAACUUUGGUAUUAAAAAAAAAAAAUCAAUUAUUUUUACUAGUGUUAUGUGGAUGCUGAUUUUUAAAUUUUUAAUUCCACUGCAGAUAAAAUAUCAAGAAUUAGGUGAAUAUGAAAUAAGCUAGUGAUUCUUCCACAAUAGUUGGGCUAUUGAAGUUUUGUUAUAUUUACAUUUUAUAUUAAAAAGAGGCUUUAUUGGAGUGUAAUCUCAAAUGUAUUGUAUAUUUUAACAAAUUAUGAUGAAACCCCAAUCGGAAUCAGAAUAUUUGAUCAGGAAUCAACAAAAUAUACACUAGUGAUAUAUAAUCUUUCCUACCAGUACUACUAGGUGAUGAACCCACAUGAUCAAGUAGUUUUUUUUGUCUUGUUUUGUUUAGUGGAUUAAUUUUUGUCCUAAUAUUAUGCAUUUUCCUAUAUACCGUACACAAAUCAUUCAUUGUUGUAGGCUUUUCCAUGCUUAUAUAUUUAUUUGUACUGUUUAAAGUUAUUUGAUGUUUAGCAAUUAAACUAACAUUUUGAUGGAUAGAUCUGUUAGAUUUAAAAUUAUAAGUGCAGAAUGUACAAGUAAAAAUUCAACGUGUACAACCUGAGUUGUGUUAAUAUUUUACCAGUUAUUCACAUUUUUUAAAAUAUGAAGACAUAAACCAGUGAGAUUUGGAGGAAAAAAGUUAAAAAUGUAUUGCAAAUCAUCCCUCUGACUAUUAAUGGGCAGAAAUUGUUUCCAUUAUUUUAAUUUUAUUUAUAAACUAUAAAGUGUAUGCAAGGAAUGCUGUAAGUGUAAGUAGACAGUAAAAAGUUAACUAAUCGGUUACUUGUUUAACAAAGUAAGCUACACUUCACACACAUUAAUGUGAUGAUGUGCCUGGCAAGCAAUUUUAAUUUCCGAUCAUACUUUACAGCCUCACUGUGAUCGAAUUUGUGUUCUAAUAAUGUACAUCAAAUAUCCAAUUAUAAUUAGUGAAAAUAUCUAAAGUAAAGUUUUGAAAAGAAGUCCUUUUUUCAGAAUUCUUUCUAUAACCAUCUGUGCUGGCAGUUUCUGGUACAUGCAAUCCACACUAAAGCAGAAGUUUGGAAACAACUUUAAAAAAAUUCUUAUGUUUAUUUUAACUGCACCAUACAAUGUUCAAUAAUUUAUUUAAUAUUACAAUUAUUGCUCACAACUCUUGUAAACGCAAGUUCUUGUUAUUAAUAUGUAUGUACAAUCUGCACCCACCCGUUGGACAUUAACCAUGUUUUAUUUGGUUCAAUACUUAAUGUGUGUAGAAUAUGUUUGUAGUAAAAAAAAAACACCACAACUAUUGUAUAUGUGUGUAAACUUUGUACUUAACAUGUCACUGAGGACUUGAUGAACCAUGCAUGAUAAAUGUUUGUACUCACUGCCAAGUGCUAACAUGGUGUUUGAUCUUACAGUAGCAGUCACCAUUUCACGAAUGCUACCUUGUUCGAAUAUCCAUUCUGAUGUGAUUAAAAUAAGAUUGUAACUAAGAGCUAGUUAUUAAGAGUAAGUUUAGUAAAGGUAAUGUUAUAUUAUAUUGAGUUUUUGAAAGAAAAUAGGUAUAGUUAACUGAGAAAGUGCAUAUGUAAUUUCAUCAUGUAUUUAUUUUGCAGCAAUAUCUUACUCAGUUUUUCAUAGUUUCUCUUAAUCACCCCAGGCAAAUACUGAUAGAAUGGUUUGUUUUUUAAUUCUCUUUCUCAUUGCUGUAUGUAUAUUUCUAAGUCCUGUGCAAAUCAAAUAAACCUAUAAAGACUAUUGAUGGGGAAACAUUUUUCCCCCCCUCAAUAAUACAAAUAAAGUUACAUUGAAACACUGUU